AUGGCCCAAGCGACGAGCAGCGUGUUUGCCGACAUCGACGGCCACAUUCACGGCAGCGUCCAUGGUUUCUUUGAGAAGUUCUUUGACAGGCCGAGUUGGUCUUCCCGCGCUCAGGCCAUGGCUGCCACACUGCCGGACCCACCCCCCAGCCUAAUGGGCGUGGACGGCGGCGAGACUGGGGAAUUCCUCGCCUGGCUCCAACUACACCACGGCGGCGCUGCUGCUGCUGCUGCUGCCGGCGCGGCGGUGCUAGAUGCUGAUGUGGAUUCUGAUGCACCGACGGUUCCAUCCGUCUGGUACGCCCCGCCCUCUCCCAAGUCCGAGUCCACGGCGCCCACUCCACCUUUGCCGCCACUUUUCUACCUACAGCCAGCCCAGGCCGGCAACGAUUUUUCUUGGUCAAGCGUCCAGGCUGUUGGCCACCUAGAGCCCGGCCGUGGACAGUCCUCCUACUGGCCAGGCCUUCUCCGCCUUUCCAGCCAUGCAGCACGCGUGUUUGAGGCCCAGCCGGCACGUCUUUUCUUGCAUGGGCUGUACGUGUGGGGACGCUGGGCCGAGCCGUGGGUGUUUGAUCGCGCUGGUAUCUAUGCCGGAACCCCCAUCGCAGUGGACAAGUCGCCGAGCCGUUUCAAAGCCGUGCUGGUCGGCUACACGCUGAUGAAUCGGGAGGAGCUCGGCCUCAAUCCCUGGCUCGUGCCCCAGUGGAUCGGCGCCACGUCCUGGGCAACGUUCCUAGCCAUGGAAACAGUUGAUGAUCGGGGUGAGGCGCGGAAUUUGCGCCUCCAGCUGCAGGAUGCGCCUAUGUCGUCGCGCAACAAUAUUGUGGGCGGCGGCACCGCCGCCUUCCGGGCCAAGACGGCCGGCGACACGGCAUGCAACGACGACUGCUGGGAUGUUGCUGUCAAGUUCAAGUGGCAGCCCUCUUCUUCCAGCGAGACUCAUGGCGGCGGGCCGGUCUGGCAACCAGAAGAAGUCAUGCUCCAGCGGGUACGGGAGAAAAACGUGUGGGGCGUCGUGCGUCUGAUCAGCCACAAGACAUUGGUAAAUGUCAAGGAUCUGCGUCGUGACCUCCACUUCGACACUCCGCGGAAGUUUGCCCCCUACGCUGGCGUCCAUGACGGCUCUGACGGCGAUGAUCCCCUGGCGAGAGGCGUCGUCGAUUUCACGAAGCCCGUCCGCCGAGACGACGAGGCCCAGCCGUACUCCGAUAUGGUGCUCUCUGUCGUGGCUGUGGCUCCACUCGGACGUCCCUUGCAGUCGUUUGCCUCUGCGCUCGAGCUGUUGGAGGCGCUGCGCGACGCCAUCCAAGGCCACCAUAAUUUCCUGCGCCAUGGCAUCCUACACCAGGACAUCUCCAUCUGGAAUGUGAUGAUCGCAGAGCGCCGUGGCCCGCUCGAACCCCGGGGCAUGCUCAUCGACCUCGACCUGGCCUCCCCACUCGAGGACAUUCUGCCGGACGGCCGGACCUGUGUCGGCGUACCCUUGUUCAUGGCCAUUGGCGUCCUUAUCCGAAAGCGCCACACCUACCGCCACGACCUCGAGUCCUUCCUCUACGUGGUCCUCUGGAUGGCCACAACCGGCCGCAGUGACGGGCUGCCGGACGCCUGCCGCAUGAAGCGGUGGACAGGAGACUGGGAUUACGACCAGCUCGCUGCGCGCAAGAAGCGCGAUAUGGAGCCUGGUCCGUUUGAGGCGUUCCUUGCCGACUUCGACACCGAGUUCCGCGGCGACGACUUCCAGGACCUCGCCCGUGCGCUGCGAGCCAUACUCUUCCCCACGCUCGCUGAUGGCUCCGUGGACGUCGACACGCCGGGUGAGACGCCCGCAGACGCGGAUGCCGUGUAUCGCCGGGUACUCGGCGCAUUUGACGAGGCGAUCAGCCGUGCGAGUGCAAAAAUAUAG